GCAGCAGCAGGCAAACAAAUAACCAGCAACCAACUAGUCGAAUACUUAACGUCACCAGCCAUGAAACGGACAUACUUGUUGCUCUGCCUGAGCCUGCUGACCUGCAAUGUGGCCAACUCGGCCUUCCUGCGCCCAAUCGAUCUUAGCCAGCUCACCAAAUCCUCCAGCCUCCAACAGCAGCAGCACAUUCGCGGUGAUCUCAACAGAGAUGACAACAACGAUGAUGAUGAUGCCACCACUCUGGCACCUAAUUCCAAUGAAGAUUAUGACAGUCGCCCCCAGUACAGUUUCGCCUAUGAUGUAAGGGACUCACUGACUGGCGAUGACAAACGCCAGGAGGAGAAACGUGAUGGCGACCUGGUCAAGGGUCAGUAUUCCCUGAUCGAACCCGAUGGCACCCGGCGUAUUGUGGAGUACACGGCCGAUGAUGUAAGUGGCUUCAAUGCCAUCGUGUCCAAGCAGCGUCUGGAUGAGCAGCAGCAAAGGAUCUCGACCUCCAGUUCGUCCCGUUUCAAUAGCCUCGAGGAGCUGCAGACCCGUCUCACUGCCCAGGCCAUCGCUGAAGCCCAAUCCCUGGCCGAGGCCCAACAGGCUAGUCAACUGCAGCUGGAGGCCCAGAGUCGUCGGGACUCGGAGAACCAGGCACGUAACCAGGCCCAGCAGCUCAUGGAACAAUUUCAGCAACAGGUGCAACAGCAGGAGCAGCAACGUCAACAGCAGGAACAGCAACUGAGGGAUCUCCAGCGUCUCCAGGAGCAGCGUGAUCGCGAGGAGCGGGACCGUGAGCAGCGGGAACGUGAGCAGCGAGAGAGGGAACAGCGGGAGCGUGAGCAACGUGAGCGAGAACUUAGGGAUCGUGAACUCCGUGAACGUGAACUGCGUGAUCGUGAACUCCGUGAACGUGAGCAGCGUGAUCGUGAGCAACGUGAUCGUGAGGAUCGCCGCCAGCAAGCCGAACGUCGUCAAAGUCAGAACCAGCGAUUGCUCGAUCAGCAGACCCUUCUCCUGGCCCAAAGCCUGCCCAGCAUCCAAGCCACCGUCGUUUCCCAUCCACCCACUUUGCUCGCCUCCCGUCUGCCCGCCACCACCAGCACCUCCAGAACCACCACUCUGUUGACCAGGGAACGCGAUCUGGAGGCCUGGCGCCAGUUGCCCAAUGCACGCAUCACCAUCGAUCGUAGCUCUCAACCUUUGAUUCUUAGCCAGCCCUCAAGUGCCACUGUACAAGCCCAGCUGAUCAGCUCGCCUCUGCUUUUGGAGUCUGGAAAUCUGAACGGAUUGAUAAGCACCCGGCUGAAUGGUAAUGCCGCAAGAGCUGGAGCCGCCUUGAGCUGGUCCAAUGGACGUCGCCUGCUGAACAACGAUCUCUGGCAGCUGGACAGACUAGAUGAUCGUGAGGAUAACCGAAGGGAGAGCGAGGAACUGCGUUCCAACAGCGCCGAACGUCGCUCUAAGAACUGGUAAAUCCACAACUAAUUCUCGAAAACCAACCCAAAAUUUCAACUGAACUCAAACGAAAGUCAACCAGCGACCUCAGCGAUCUGCCAACCGGACCACGAAUAUGUUUAGCUCAUAAGAUCUAGAUGGAAUCUUGUGUUUACUUAGCCUAGAAUCGGGGAUUUUGGUGAUUCUAUCAGCUUUUUGUCUCAACUAACGCAUACAGCAAACUUUGCCAAGCCCUAACGCUUUCUUUCCUGCUAACUUUAGUCCUAAGUUUAAUUGUCUUUGUGUUACUUUAUAGUUAGUCAACUGCAUCAAUGUGAAAACGUAAAAAAAAAAUAAACCAGAAUAUAUAUGGAAGACUGCAGAACGAAUCCUGCAUGCUCUUUUGCAAACAAA